AUGGUAGAGAAGGUAUUUGCAAAUUGGAUACAUACAACAUUGGAGGUCUAUGUAGAUGAUAUGUUGGUGAAGAGUAAAAAAGUUGAAGAUCAUGUUGACCACUUGAGAGAAAUCUUUGAACAGAUGCGGCAAUUCAACAUCAAGAUAAAUCCGGAAAAGUGUAUUUUUGGAGUCGCAUCGGGCAAAUUUUUAGGUUAUAUUGUAUCUAAGGAAGGAAUAGAAGUCGAUCCAGAAAAGGUACAAGUGGUUCAUGACAUGCCAUUACCCACAACUGUGAAAGAUAUCAAGUAUGAAAUAUUAUCUUCACCAAAAUCGCAAGUCAUAGCGGAUUUCUUGGCAGAGUUCUCAUUAGAAGAAGAUGCAAGUGUAGAAGAAAUCAUGGAUCGUAGGUGGGAGAUAUUGGUGGAUGGAUCAUCAAAUGGAGAAGGCAAUGGAGUCGGAAUAGUUUUCAUCUCACCAGCAGGACCAAGAAUGGCUUGCUCAUUCAGGUUGGAAUUUGCGUCCACCAAUAAUGAAACUGAAUAUGAAGCGGUGGUGCACGCGUUACGGUUGGCAAUUGAAAUGAAGUUAGACAAUGUGCGAAUAACUAGCGACUCACAAUUGGUUAUUCUCCAAAUAGAAGGAACAUAUAACACGAAUGAGCCAUCUCUACAGAAAUAUAACAAGCUUUUCGCACAGCUAUCUUCCCAGAUUCCAAAAAUAAAUUGA